AUGGCCAUUACUCUAGAGGACGAAAUUCGCGAAUUCAUGUGUUGGAGCCCUCCCGCUGUACGAACAGAUCUCAUCCCGGAGACAUCAACCUCAGGGCAGUCGCGCAAACGCCCUUUUUACGACAAUCAUCUCCUGGAUAGUCUUACCCUCAAGCGUAUUGUGCGUCUUCCCUCUCUUACGACAGACAUAGCCAGAAAAGUCGAUUAUGUGCUCCGCUUGGCCCGGACGAACAAUUUCAUGCCGCCUCCCUAUACUCAUAUCGAGUUGUUGAGCGAGGAGGCGCGCGAGGUUCGUGACUUUGAACAGAGCGAGCCGCUGAAGAACGAGGCAUCCGUGGCGGUGUUUUACCAUAGGACGACUGCAGCUUAUUGCAUACACCUCGCGUCGCACCUCACCACCCGUGUCCCGCGCUAUCAUCCGUUCUCCGUGCUUAAGUGGGAUUCCGUCUCCAAUACUUCACACCUGGCCCUCGUCGAUGGUGUCUUGCGCUUCUCACAGUACUUCGCUGUUCUACUGCUCGCUGACAAAGCGGAUGUUAAAUCAAACCCAUUUCUGGAGGUGAUUCAUGCUCUCAUGGGCCGCGAACGAAAAGAAGAUUUGCGACAGGUUGCCGAGCAUUUUGUCAACUUCUUGACAUGGGAGUUCAAAAGUCCGAGCAUUACAUCAGACAUCUCGAAGCAUAUCGACAAGCUGAUAGACGACGGUUCCUUUGACUGUGUCCGAUGUCCAGGUCUCUGA